GUUUCAAGUUAAAAUUUGCAAUUUUGACCGCGUUUUAGCCAAAGUAAAGCCUAAAGACCUGCCCUCACCAUGCAGCACGACGAUGUUGUUUGGAGCAUUAUCAACAAGUCCUUCUGCUCGCACAAAGUCAAAACCGACACACGUACCUUCUGUCGCCAUGAGUAUAAUCUGACGGGUCUGUGCACGCGACGGACCUGUCCGCUGGCCAACUCCCAGUACGCCACCGUCCGCGAGGAGAACGGCAUCAUCUAUCUGUUCAUGAAGACGGCGGAGCGGGCGCACAUGCCCGCCAAGCUGUGGGAGCGCAUCAAGUUGUCGCGCAACUUCAACAAGGCCAUCGAACAGAUCAACGAGAACCUGGUCUUCUGGCCCAAGUACAUCAUAUCCAAGAACAAGCAGCGUUUCCUCAAGAUCACUCAGUACCUGAUGCGUAUGCGACAGCUGAAGUUGCGCCGCCAGAAGCUCAUCGUGCCGCUCUCCACCAAGAUCGAGCGCCGUGAGACACGUCGCGAGGAGAAGGCCCUGGUGGCGGCCAAGAUCGACAAUCAUAUCGAGAAGGCUCUGCUCGAUCGUCUCAAGCAUGGCACCUACCGCGACAUCUAUAACUUCUCACAGACUGCCUUCAACAAGGCCCUCGAGGCGGAGCGCAUUGAGGACGAACAAGACGAGGAAGAGGACGAGGAAGAAGAGCUGGAGGUGGAGCGUGAAAUGGAUGUGGACGAGGAAGCUGCCGAACUGCACAGGGAUCUGCUUAGCGAGGAGUUUGUUGAGGCCGAAACAGACAAUGAAGAGGAUGACGACGAUUCCCAGAGCGAAUCGGGCCAGCGCGAAGAGGUGGAAAUGGACAGCGAUUUUGGCCAUUCCGACGACGACGACGAUGAUGAUGCAGAUGCUGAUGAUAUUGAGGACAUCAAAGUGCCAGCCAAGAAAACAAAGUCUAAGAAAGCUUCGGAUACGGCUGAUGCUGCUGCUGCUCCAUCAUCAACGAAACGGCGUCGCGCCAAACCCAAAUUGGAACUGGAGUACGAGUAUGAGGUUGAGACUGGGGCGGAGAGGGAGAAAGUGCGCUAUUAGCCAGGUACUGGAAGAGCCCACAGAAACACACCCAAACACACACCCUCCCCUUAGGACUUUACGUUUAAUGUUUAUAGCUAAUUAAAAAGAAAAGAAACUGUAAUGCCGCUUAAGAAUAGUAUUUAAAUAAUUGCAAAAAUUCAAACAAAUUUUGUGUCUCCGAAUCAGAGCGAGAGGGCCAUACAUGUGCACUGCACAUUGUGCAGUGUAUGCUCUCUCUCUCUCCCUCUCUUUCUGACCCGAAAAUGACAUUGAAAUGUGCGUGAAGGCGACACGGUGAUACGACAUAAAGAGAGAGAGAGGGAAAGAGCCCCGGGAACCAGUUUUAUAAAUAAUCAAAAAAACUACAAUUAU